GCCUCCGCAGGUUGAUGGCAGCGGCAGCUGGGACUGCAGCGACGCCCGGCCCCGAGAGUCGCAGGCAGCGGCCGGAGCGCGCAGCCGAACGCCCGGGCCCCAGACGCCGCGGACACCCGAAGAGGCAGUUCCGGUGCCCUGAAGCCUCCCUUGGUCCCCGGCGCAGCCCCAAACCCCUCCGCAGAGAAGUCGCAGCGUGAGCGCCCCUCGGCCGGCUCAGGACCAGCUACUGGACUAAGGACCAAAAUUUGGGCACCGAGAUCCUCCAUCUCUGCCCCCAGCUAUGAGCCGGCGCGUGGUUCGGCAGAGCAAGUUCCGCCAUGUGUUUGGACAGGCGGCAAAGGCUGACCAGGCCUACGAGGACAUCCGUGUGUCCAAGGUCACAUGGGACAGCUCCUUCUGUGCCGUCAACCCCAAAUUCCUGGCCAUUAUUGUGGAGGCUGGAGGUGGAGGUGCCUUCAUCGUCCUGCCUCUGGCCAAGACAGGGCGAGUGGAUAAGAACUACCCACUGGUCACUGGGCACACUGCCCCUGUGCUGGACAUCGACUGGUGCCCACACAAUGACAACGUCAUCGCCAGUGCCUCAGAUGACACCACCAUCAUGGUGUGGCAGAUUCCAGACUAUACCCCUAUGCGCAACAUUACAGAACCCAUCCUCACACUCGAGGGCCACUCCAAACGUGUGGGCAUCCUCUCCUGGCACCCCACUGCCCGGAAUGUCCUACUCAGUGCAGGUGGUGACAAUGUGAUCAUCAUCUGGAACGUGGGCACUGGGGAGGUGCUUCUGAGUCUAGAGGACAUACACCCGGACGUCAUCCACAGCGUGUGCUGGAACAGCAACGGGAGGCUGCUAGCCACCACCUGCAAGGACAAGACCCUGCGCAUCAUCGACCCCCGCAAGGGCCAGGUGGUGGCGAACAACUUCGAGGAGCCAGUGGCACUGCAGGAGAUGGACACAAGCAACGGGGUCCUACUGCCCUUCUACGAUCCCGAUUCCAGCAUCGUCUACCUGUGUGGCAAGGGCGACAGCAGCAUUCGGUACUUUGAGAUUACCGAGGAACCACCUUUUGUGCAUUACCUGAACACGUUCAGCAGCAAGGAGCCGCAGAGGGGCAUGGGCUUCAUGCCCAAGCGGGGACUGGAUGUCAGCAAGUGCGAGAUUGCACGGUUCUACAAGUUGCACGAAAGAAAGUGUGAACCCAUCAUCAUGACUGUGCCCCGCAAGUCAGACCUGUUCCAAGACGACCUUUACCCAGAUACGCCGGGCCCCGAACCGGCCCUAGAAGCGGAUGAAUGGCUAUCCGGCCAGGACGCCGAACCCGUGCUCAUCUCGUUGAGGGACGGUUACAUGCCCCCCAAGCACCGCGAGCUGCGGGUCACCAAGCGCAACAUCCUGGACGUGCGCCCGACCCCCGGCCCCCGCCGCAGCCAGUCAGCCAGCGACGCCCCCUUGUCGCAGCACACCCUGGAGACGCUGCUGGAGGAGAUCAAGGCCCUGCGCGAGCAGGUGCAGGCCCAGGAGCAGCGCAUUACGUCUUUGGAGAACAUGCUGUGCGAGCUGGUGGACGGCACGGACUAGCGCAUCACACCGGGGAAGCUCCAAGCCGGGAGGGCAAAGUUGGGCGGAGCGCAAGCACUCCCGUGUCGCCCCGGCUUUGGGUCCUCUGGACCCCGCCUCUCUGGGCCUGGGCCGGGACUGGGGAGGGAACUCCGCCCCUCGCGGGAGUCCUGGACAAAUGAAGCGUUGCGGACACUCGCGUCCGUCUGGCGCCUACCGGGCUGUGUGCCUCGUACAGGACUCAGCAGGAGCUGGCCUUGGAAGGCCCAGGGUGACGGGGGCCUCAACAAUGGUGCUGCACGGCAGGCAGUGUCCCCUUUGUUUCCCUUCCCGCCCAGGGCAGGGAAAGUGCUUAGUAUUAGCGCAAUGCUUGGGAUGUUGGGGAUCUUGGGCUUGACCUCAAAGGGGUAGCGAUUUGACGGGUCUCCCCAGACUGGCUGGGGAAAAUUACAACGCUUCUCCCUCUAAUCAGCUCACUUGACUCCACCACCCUGAGUGGUAAACUCAACGGGCGUCACCCGAGUUCUACGGACAUACACAAACGUUGGCUGUACAGCCGGACCCACGGGCUACACCCAGCAGUCUACGGCAGAGGGCUCUCUUCCUUCUCUCCAUCUGCAGGGGAGAGGACGGCUUCCUCGCGGCACUCCCGCAGGAGAACCAACCAGAGAAUUGGCAUGAGGAAGCAGGUUCACACCUCCCCCCUCCCAGACACACACACACACUCUGCACACACACACACACACACUCUGCCCCCAGCCCUCUGUUGCGGCCUUGACUCUAGGAGGAAAACAAGACGUACUGAAUGAAAGAAACAUUUUACCAAGUGCUCAGUCUGUGCCUCCUGCAUGGGUGGGGAUGCUAGACCCCCAGCCUCUGUAAAUGCCACCACCAGACUCCUGGGGGCCCUGACAAAUGCAACCCUCGGCUCAGGACCCACCAGACAUCCUCUUACUUCAGAGCCCUCCCCACACUGAGGUUCAGAAGGAACCCUCAACCCGCAGAUGGGCAUUCUUCCCCAGUAAAGGCA